AUGACCACAAAAUCAGAGAUGUAUUCAACCUGCAAUAUUCCAGAAAAGCCAUCUGAUGUAGAGAUUACUCUUGAGGUAAGAGGUAGCUUGCGGCCCCUUGAACUUCAAAGGCUCUAUGUUCUCGACGGCCGCAGGGCAGGUUGUUUCCUAGCACUCGAUAGUUCAAUUCUCGAACACGUCGCCUCACCUGAAGCCAGCCAGGUCAACCGGAUACUUCCCAGCCCGAUCGCAGCAGGGGUGCGGAGCUCGGAGCUGGAAGACGGCCUAGAGACGAACCUCGGAUUAGCCAUUGUAUCAGGCCAGGAGAGUCUGAAAGAGAGGCUGAUUGGAUUCAAAAUGUGCAGGAGGGGUCUGCAUUUCUGGUUAUAUCAUGUUGAGAACCAUGACCUGACUCAUAGUUUGAAGCAGCAACUAUGGACAGUAUAUGUCGGAAGUGAGUGGGAGAAGCAUCCGGCACUACCCUGGCCGGGUCUUCUAGGGGCAGAAGCCCGUUUUGGCUACCUAUAG